ACUGCACUGCUUCCCUGGCACAUAUGUUUUCAGGGUACCUUCAAGCAGCGGCAUACGACAACCUGGAUGGCAAGCUCGGACACGCCGGUUGGCAAUGGCUCUUCAUCAUCUGCGGCAUCAUCAGUCUGCCCGUCGGAGUCAUCGGUUACUUCUUCAACCCUGACUUCCCAGAAAACACCAAAGCGUUUUAUCUGAGUAAAGAGGAGGCCGCGUAUGCUAGAGAGCGGCUGAUACUGGACGGCUAUACGCCGCUGGGAUCUUCAUCAUCCAAGUGGGACAAGAAAAAACUCUUCCGCAUCGUCACGACUUGGCAGUUUUGGGUGUUGUCGUUCGGCUACUUCUUCGUACAAUCCAGUCACCCAUCUCAACAGCCGUUUUACUCGCUGUGGCUCAAGGCUGAAGGGCACAGCGUGUAUCAGAUCAACGUAUGGCCGACAGGUCAAUCUGCUGUUGGAGCUGUGACACAAAUCGUGGCUGGUAUGCUGUCGGACUCGCCUCUGCUUGGAGGCAAGCGAUGGCAGACAAUAGCAGUAUUGCAAGGAGCAUCUUUUUUCGGUACCUUGAUUCUGGCCAUCUGGAAUGUGCCCAUCGGACUCAAGUUUUUCGCGAUGUACAUUUCUUUCUGCUCGGCAGGAGUGCCGGGACUGUUUUAUUCCUGGUUUCCGGAUCUCAUGCCGCACGACCAUGAGAUGCGCGGCUUCUUGACGGCCUUCUCAAACAUGUUCUCGUACAUCAACCAGAUCUGGUUCCAAGAUGCGGUUUGGAGGACGGAGGAGGCGCCGCAAUUCAAACCAGGAUUCAUUGCGGCGGCGUCGUUCAGUAUCGCGCUCAUAUUGACAGCGAUCCUGAUGCGCGUGCUGGAAAAGCGGGAUGCGAAGAAGGAGAACCGACCGAGCUAUACGCAGGAAGCCGAGAAUCGGGACAGGGUCGAGGAUGGAGUUGUGCCAGAGGUGCAGGCUGAUCCGGUGCAUGUGGGUUGAGGAAUCGAGCGUUCGUCGCACCAGCCCCUGUAUCAAUCCGAUAGGUGUAUUGCAUCAUCCAGUAUCUCAUGUCCCAAGCUCUUUCUGGUCCCAUCGUGUUGUCGCUUAUGCUUCAAGGGUAGCCUGGAGCUACCUGUUCGUACCAUACAUUGUUGCAGAAUCUGGUUGCGGUCGCGGUCGCGGUCGUGCUUGGACGAGAUAACAUGACGAGCGGUCGAGCAUCCGCGGGAGUUGUUGACUCCGAAGUCAAAUGGGGUUGCAUUCGAGCCAUAAAAUGAUG